AUUAACCACUGUAAUAAAAACUUGCCAUGUUCAACAAUAUAUCCACCCUUUCUCUAUUAUCCCCUUUCAGCUUACCUCUUUGUUCUUUGCUAACACGCAUAUUAUAAUACUAUAAUCAUACAUAUAAUUUGUGUGUAUAUACACAAUAAUAUUAUAAAAUAGCUGUUCACUUGCUAAUGUUACUGCCUCUCUCUUUCCUAGUAUUAUUUUUCAAGAGUUGAAAUGUUCUGUUACUCCUUUUUGUAGUUCAACUGUUUUUUCAUUGCAAUCUCCAUUUCACAUUACAAGGUUUUCUAUAAAGAUUGGAUCUUGAUGGUUAAAGAUUUGGGUGGGUUUUGAGAAGUAACUGAUUAUUAUAUACUUCUGCUUGUGGUUGAGUUGAUUGUGUAGAGGAUAAUAUAAGUGGAGAUGGGUAAUACCUGUGUGGGGCCAAGUAUUGGUAAAAAUGGUUUCUUGCAAUCAGUUUCUGCAGCAGUUUGGCGAACCCGGCCGGAUGAGGCAUUGGCUGUAGGUAAUGAGGUAGAAACUAUUAAUCAAGCACCAGUUUAUGAUGCGGAACCGGAGUCACCAGUUCAAAGUAAGCCACCAGAGCAGAUGUCGAUUCCAAAAUCAGAAAAGAAAGAGGUGGCAAAACCUAAGAAGCCCCAAAUGAAGAGGGUGCCUAGUGCAGGACUUAGGACUGAUUCGGUUUUACAAAGAAAGACAGGGAAUUUGAAAGAAGUGUUUAGUUUAGGGAAGAAGCUAGGGCAAGGGCAAUUUGGGAUCACAUUUUUAUGUGUGGAGAAAGCGACAGGGAAAGAAUAUGCUUGUAAAUCGAUUGCAAAGAGGAAGUUGUUGACUGAUGAGGAUGUUGAGGAUGUGAGAAGGGAGAUUCAGAUAAUGCACCACUUGGCAGGGCAUCCGAAUGUUAUAUCUAUUAAAGGGGCUUAUGAGGAUGCUGUUUCAGUUCAUGUUGUAAUGGAGUUGUGUGCCGGGGGUGAACUUUUUGAUAGGAUUAUUCAAAGGGGGCAUUAUACAGAAAGAAAAGCAGCUGAACUUACUAGAACUAUUGUUGGGGUUGUCGAGGAGUGUCAUUCUUUAGGAGUUAUGCAUCGUGAUCUGAAACCGGAAAAUUUUCUACUUGUUGACAAGAAGGAGGAUGCACUACUCAAGACCAUUGACUUUGGGCUGUCUAUUUUCUUCAAACCAGGAGAAACCUUCAGUGACGUUGUUGGUAGCCCAUAUUAUGUUGCUCCAGAAGUUCUUCGAAAGCGCUAUGGUCCUGAAGCUGAUGUCUGGAGUGCUGGGGUUAUGGUUUAUAUCCUACUAAGCGGAGUUCCACCUUUUUGGGAUGAGACCGAGCAAGGAAUAUUUGACCAGGUGCUGCACGGUGAUCUUGACUUCUCAUCAGAUCCUUGGCCAAGUAUUUCAGAAAGUGCCAAAGAUUUGGUGAGGAAAAUGUUAGUUCGAGACCCUAAAAGGCGCCUAACUGCACAUGAAGUUCUGUGUCAUCCAUGGGUUCAAGUUGAUGGAGUGGCUCCCGACAAACCCCUGGACUCAGCUGUCGUAAGUCGCAUAAAACAAUUCUCUGCCAUGAACAAGCUCAAGAAGAUGGCUCUUAGGGUCAUUGCAGAGAGCCUAUCUGAAGAAGAAAUAGCUGGAUUAAAACAAAUGUUUGAGAUGAUAGACACAGAUAAUAGUGGUCAUAUUACUUUCGAAGAACUGAAGGCAGGAAUAAGUAGGAUUGGUUCAAACCUAAAAGAAUCUGAGAUAUAUGAUCUAAUGCAAGCGGCAGAUGUUGAUAAAAGUGGAACAAUCGACUAUGGGGAAUUUGUAGCUGCGACAUUGCAUCUUAACAAGGUUGAAAAAGAGGAUCAUCUCUUUGCGGCUUUCUCCUAUUUUGACAAGGAUGGAAGUGGUUAUAUCACCCAAGACGAGCUUCAACAAGCCUGUGAAGAAUUCGGGAUAGAAGAUACACGUCUAGAAGAAAUGAUCAGAGAAGCUGAUCAGGAUAACGAUGGACGGAUAGAUUACAAUGAGUUUGUGACAAUGAUGCAUGGAGGAAAUGCAGGACAUGUUGCCAAGAAAGGUUUAGAAAAUAGUUUCAGCAUCAAGUUCAAAGAAGCAAUUAAACACUAGAAGCAAGCAUUUUUUUAGUUUAUUUUCAUAUAUUUGUAGGUUUCACUUAUUUUUGAAAUCAUAUACUCUUCUGGACUUGCUUAUAGUUUGGAGAAACAUUUAUAAGCUUCAGCCUGAAUCUUUUUCCUGUAGUCCCGUGUCGAACGAGACACCGAGUUCAGCUUGUAUAUUUUGUAUGUUAGCUGAGGGAAACAAAGAUGUAUGUUAUUACUGGCGUAACUUUCGGUUUAAAUUCUUAGCUAUGGACAUUUAGUACCAUAGACUCUUUUCUGAGUA